AUGGGAGAUGAACCAACGUCUUCUCAAUCCGAGAAAUAUCAUUUCCAGUCAUCCAAUCGCUUUCUAACCAUUUCCAGAUUAUCAUCGAUCGAAGCAUUACGACUAGGGCCUAUAGAGUAUAUCUUAGCGUUGGAGGCAGAUGUUCAAUCAGACCCAAAGAAUGCAACUGCAUGGUUACAGUUAGGAAUUAAACAACAGGAAAAUGAGCAAGAAGAACAAGCAAUAGCUGCUUUGAAAAUGGCGAUCUCGUUGGACCCUAAACUCUUAAAUGCUUGGCUUUCAUUGUCAGUCUCUUACACAAAUGAACGUCGUCGUGAGGAGGCAUAUAAUGCAUUAAAAUCAUGGAUUGAAAAUAAUGACAAAUAUAAACAUAUUUUAGAACGUCAAGAUCUACAAGUUGAUGAUAAUGACCAACAUAGGUUCAUCACAGGAUUAUUUCUGGAAGCUGCUAAUAUACCAGAUCCUGGAGAAAAUCUUGACCCAGAUGUACAUAUUGGCUUGGGGAUCUUGUAUAAUAUGUCAAAAGAAUUUUCCAAAGCUAUAGAUUGUUUCAAAUAUGCUCUUACAAAAAGACCAAACGAUUAUGUAUUAUGGAAUAAACUUGGAGCCACAUUGGCCAAUGCAAAACAACCAGAAAAUGCAAUAGAUGCAUAUUUGAGUGCACUUAAAAUCAAUCCGCUCUUUAUAAGAGCCAAAUUUAAUUUGGCAAUUACAUUGGUUAACUUGAAGAGAUUCAAAGAAGCUGUUCAAAAUUUGUUGCAGGCACUUUCACUACAGGCUAGAAAUGAAAGAGGAUUGGAGAAGGAUGAUAGUAUAUCAGGUGAUGAGAUGAGUUCAAACAUUUGGAAUACACUCAGGAUGUGUCUUAGGUUCUUGAAUCGAACCGAUUUAAUUCCAAAAUGUGAUGCUAGAAAUUUGAAUGGGUUUAGACAAGAUUUUGAAUUUUAA